AUGGCGGCUUCCGCGCGGCGCCUGCGCUCUCGCCGCGCGGGGGCCGUCGGGGCCGACGAGCCUUCUCUGACGGCUUCCAUGGAGUGGGACACGCAGGUGGUGCGAGGGUCGCCCGCUCUCCACAGCCCCGCGGGGCUGAGCGCCGAGGAGGCGCGGCUGCCGCCGUGGCUGCCGCCGGAACGCUGCGCCGUGUUCCACUGCGCGCGCUGCCACGCCGUGCUGGCCGACUCGGUGCACCUGGCCCGGAACCUGGCCUCGAGCGUCGGGGCGGCCGUGUUCGCCAGGGUCACGCGCGACGUGGUGUGGGACGACGCCUUCCUCUUCGGCAUCGACGGCCUGCUCAAGGGCAGCACCUACAACCUCCUCUCCUGCUCCUGCGGCGUCUCCGUCGGCUUCCACCUGCACUCGACCCACGCCGCCCUGGCGGCCUUGCGGGGCUACUUCUGCCUGGCCAGCGACAAGAUGGUGUGCUAUCUCCUAGCAACAAAAGCCAUAGUGCCGGCGUCUGAGGUGGAGAUUCACGAAGUCCCUCUUGAAGAGCGGGUGGCGGAGCUGAAAGAGAAGCUAAUGUUAAUACAUGGCCGCUUAAAUUCACGGAAGAUUCUGAAGAAUGUGAUUCCGGCCAGCUCCACAACAGAAAACUGA